UUAUAAAUUUAUAAAAUAUUUUUUUAAACCAAUUUCCUUCACUUUCAUAUAUUUAUAAAGUACUCAAAUUAUUUGUUAAUUUUAAUUGUUUGAAAAAAAUCUGGCAGUUUAAUUUAAAAACAUCACAAUGUCUGACAAUGAUCAUAAAAGAUGGAGUCAUUUGAAGAAGAUCUUGGAACGUUCUAGUCCAUUUUGUCAUCCUGAUUUUGAACCUGGUACAGGCAUAUUAGAAUUUCUACAAAAUUCCUGUAAACUACUCGUGGUUGGUGCUGGUGGAUUGGGCUGUGAAUUACUUAAGGAUCUUGCUAUGAUGGGAUUUGGUGAUGUACAUGUCAUAGAUAUGGAUACUAUAGAUUUGUCCAAUUUGAACCGUCAGUUUUUGUUCCGUAAGAAGGAUGUAAAUAGUUCAAAAGCUGAAGUUGCAGCAAAAUUUAUUAACGAACGCGUGCCUACCUGUCAUGUUACACCUCAUCAUUGUAAAAUACAAGAUAAAAGUGAAGAUUUUUACAGGGGUUUUCAUUUAGUAGUUUGUGGUCUUGAUUCUGUAGUUGCUCGUCGAUGGAUUAAUGGAAUGCUUGUAUCUUUGUUAUCUUAUGAUGACAAUCAGCAACUUGACAAUUCCACUGUCAUACCAUUGAUCGAUGGUGGUACUGAAGGUUUCAAAGGCAAUGUCCGUGUAAUACUACCUGGAAUUACACCAUGCAUUGAUUGCACUCUCGACUUAUUUCCGCCACAGGUGACUUAUCCGUUAUGUACUAUAGCAAGUACACCUCGUUUACCUGAACAUUGCAUAGAGUAUGUGAAAUUAAUACAAUGGCCAAAAGAAAACCCAUUUGAUUCCAACAUUGAUACAGACGAUCCAGUUCACAUUAGUUGGAUUUAUGAGAAAUCACUUGAACGCUCUGAUAAAUUUGGAAUAAAUGGAGUUAACUAUAGAUUGGUCCAAGGUGUUAUAAAAAAUAUAAUACCAGCAGUAGCAUCAACAAAUGCUGUGAUAGCUGCAGCUUGUGUUACUGAAGCAUUCAAAGUUGCUACUAGCUGUUGUCCGUUAUUAAAUAACUAUGCUGUAUUCAAUGAUGCUGAUGGUAUAUACACCUAUACGUAUGAAGCUGAACGUAAAUCUGAUUGUAUUACUUGUAGUCCAUAUAAAGCCAAAUAUCUCGAUAUUGAUGAUACAAAUAUAAGACUGGAAAAAAUAAUUGAAAUUCUUGGUGAACACCAACAAUAUCAAAUGAAAAAUCCUGCACUCACUAUAGAAUUAGAUGGAAAAAGGAAAACACUGUACAUGCCAAAUGUGCCUUCUAUUGAAUUAAAAACUAGGCCAAAUCUAAAAAUGACACUUGAACAAUUAGGUAUUUCUGACGGAUGUAAAUUAUUAGUUGCAGAUAUCACAAACCCUAGAGCUUUUGAAAUUAUUCUUAAAAUUAAGAAUAACUGUGUUAGUAUGGAAUAGAAUACUUUUUUAAAUAUUUAUUUUUAUACAAUUCUGCAAUAUAUAUAUUUGAUUAAA